AUGGAAGAGACAGCCCAAGGUCUCGAAAACCUUCAUAUCGAAAAUCUUGACGAUGUCCUUCAGACCAUCGGUCUGGUUGGUGAUGUGCGGGUGAAAGUCGCAGUCGAUUUCGGCACUGCAACUUCAUCAGUAUGCUAUGAUAUUUUGUCUCCUUUCGCAACACUGUUGACAUGCCCUCAAGCUACCAAUAUUCUUCUAAACGAAAAAGGAAGUCACCGCGUGGAUACUGUUGCCGCAAUUUGGCAGCCAGUCGCCCAGCCUACUUCUCCGUGUCAACUUGUCUUUGGAUCGACAGCAUGUGAAACUCCUCCUGGAGAGUUCAAGCUCAUUGGAAGACUGAACCUGAUGAAGUUGCAUCUGCUUUCGAAGCAUUAUGACGUCGGGGUCCAAAAUCUCCGCGAAGAGCAUCAGCAUGUCAUAGACAGCAUAUGCAACACCACAUCUGGAGGAUUGUGUCGCAUUUACGACCCUCUUCGUCGCACCUAUUCCACGCACACCAUCAACUCAGUAUCUCGUGUCAUUGUCGAGUUUCUGCGGUUUCUAUUGCGGUCGACGAUGGCGCACUUUGCUCAAAAGUACGCUCUUGACGUGUCUAUGGUAGACACAAUAUUCAAGGAGAAAGUUGAUGUAGCCAUGUCGAUGCCUACCGUGUCAACUUGGGAGAAGGACAUGCUCGACAAGUUCCGCGAGCUCCUCCACGACGCUGGACUCCCCCAGACGACUUUCAUCUUCUCCGAGGCGAAAUCUGCAGCCAUUUUCCAUGUCUGGCAGAAAGCACAAGCAGAGAAGCCGAAAGGAGUAGUCAGCAUUAUCGUCGACAUUGGCUGUGGCACCACUGACUACUCGUGCCUGUACCCAUAUCAUGUUGCAUCCAACAGAACCAGUUACAAGCUGGGAGAAGUAAUUCCUGGCACGGGAUCAUGUGACGGCUCUCAGCAGCUGAACGAGAAGUUCAAGGCUCUUCUUCGCCAUCACUUAGAUGGCAAGAUCGCUGAAUUGGUUCCCGAGUUCCAGGGAGAUGAAUAUCAAGUGCUGGAGGCCUUUGAGAGAGGCUUCGAGCUAGUCAAGAGAACUUACAACGACUCCAAACCAGAAUACCAUAUUGUUCCGAUGUUCGACGAGAGUUAUCUCUUUCAACCUCCUAAUGCCGAAAUCCAAGGUUUCAGGAUAGAAGACGACCGCAUCGUCCUCAAGGGUGUGGUCAUGCGACGAAUUUUCGACGAAUGGUUAGAACGCAUCAUCCGAGUGUUGAAAGAGCAAUUGAAAUCAGUGCGGGAGAAAUACGAAGGCACCAUGCCUCUAUUCAUCGGCCUCACCGGCUGGGGAAGCCUCCCACCGUAUGUGCUCCGCAAAAUCCGGGAAUCCUUCGACUCAAUCAGCGUCCAAUUGAUGGAGACGAAGGACGGAUCUGCGGUGGCCCAGGGCAACUUCCUCGAGCUCGCCACGGAGGACCUUGCGACUCUCAUCCAAAGUCGGACAUGGUACGGAAUCAGAGCAGAGUACGGAAUCCAGUGGAUUGUCGAAAAAGACACAGCCUUGUUUCCCUACAAAGAGAGAGGUAUAAUCGGCGCGCAAACUAUUAGGGAUCCAAAGUUUCCUCUGGCAUUUGAAUUGCCAGUGAUUCGACGGGGAGGUGCAGGCGAAGAUUCGGAGGGUCCGAGUGAAGUAGGAAUGCUUAGGAUCACCAUUCCGAGCCUCCAAAGCAGUGGAUUCACUCUUGACCAAGAAGAGGGGUCGAAUCAUCUCACUUUUCGAUACCAAGUCAAGCUCAAACUGGACAGAUUGAUGGCCUCGCUGGAACUGACGAUUCCAUGCGGUGGUCAACAGGUCCACAAUGCCAGAGCCAUUGAAAAGGGUAUGGUCGCUUCAUUUCCGCUCAAGGACUUGUACAUGCAUCCAGCACUCAUGGGGAGCACAACGGCAAAGAUGCGCGCAGCUUUGGACUGUUCCUCGCAGCGAGGAUGCGGCGGAGGCGGCUGUGAGUGA